AUGGCGGAAGAGUUCAAUGCCCUACUUGUAAACGAGACAUGGUCUAUUGUUCCUCGUCCAUCUGGUGUUAAUGUUGUUGGCGGCAAAUGGGUCUAUCGAGUUAAACAGAAGUCCGAUGGCUCUCUUGAUCGUUGUAAGGCGAGAUUGGUAGACAAAAGCUAUACUCAGGUACCUGGUGUGGAUUAUGGUGAGACCUUUGGUCCUGUUGUUCGUCCCACUACUAUACGACUAGUCGUCUCUAUUGCUAUUUCUCGUAGUUGGUCUAUUCAUCAAUUCGAUGUAAAAAUGUAUUUCUUAAUGGUUAUUUGCAUGAGUCUAUCUAUAUGGAGCAACCACAGGGGUUUAUUGAUUCUGUACGACCAAACUAUGGUUGCAAACUACAAUAGCCGUGCAGAUUCAUCUAUGUUUGUUUAUUCAUCUGGUGGUCAAUAUCUUUUCUUGUUAUUAUAUGUGGAUGAUAUCGUACUAACAGGCUCCAAUCCUAGCUUAAUAUCCCUGUUUUCUAGAUUACUUAACUCUGAAUUUUCUAUUACUGAUCUUGGUGAUCUUCAUUAUUUUUUGGGUAUUCACGUCACUUGGUUGGUGAAUGGUUUGCAUCUCUCUCAGAGUAAGUAUGCUCGAGAUAUUCUUGAUCGUGCUGGUUUGUUACAAUCCAAGCAUGUCUCCACUUCAUCGUCUUCUCGAUCUGCCAUUAUUGAGGACUCUGCUGUUGUUGAUGGUACUUUAUACCACAAUCUAGUGGGUGCUUUACAGUAUUUGACUAUGACUCGAUCAGACAUUGCCUUUGCGGUAAAUACAGCUAGUCAACACUUACAUCCUCCUACUUCCACUCGCCUUGCUGCUGUUAAAUGCAUUUUGCGUUAUAUUGCCGGUACUCUCGAUUUUGGAUUGUUGUUGAAACCAGUUACUACUUAUUUUCUUACUGUAUAUUCGGAUUCUGAUUGGGCUGGUUGUCCUGAUACUCGUCGGUCUACCACUGGAUCUAUGGUUUUCUUUUGUUCAAAUCUCAUUUCUUGGUCUUCUAAGAAGCAACAUACUGUCUCUCGCUCUAGUACCGAGGCUGAGUAUCGUGCCAUGGCUCACACUAUGGCUGAGGUAUUAUGGAUUCAACAGUUGCUAUGGGAAUUGCAUAUUUUUCUCUUUGAUGCGCCACUCAUCUUUUGUGAUAAUUUUAUUUUUACUUUGUACGGGAACGUUGGAUCUAUUCUUGUUCGCUAUCUUCCAACGGAGCGCCAACUAGCUGACAUUCUUGCCAAGGGCCUAUCCUCUCAUCGAUUUAAGACUCUUUGA